AUGUCCGCGUCGGGACGGAAGGCGUGCUCCAAGUACUGCACGGGCGCGAGUCUGGAGUCUGGCCGUUCGGUCGCCCGUGCCAAGCUUGUCGCCAAGGUGGUGUGGACGCUGACGUCCCUGAUCAUGUUCUCGGCGUUCUACGCCGUGCUGUUCAUCUACGAAGUCGUCGAGUGGGUCUGCCAGGGCGUGGCCAGCGUGUUCGCCGAAGUCGUGGUCUUCGAUUGCUGGUUCGCCUCCGAGGAGGGCGAGCAGGCAAUAGUGACUAACUACUGGUUGCUUGUGGUGAACGUUUGGGUUGCGCUGGUAUGCAUAACCAGCAAGUUGUGGAGGCUCUACGAGGCGUCGGCAGGCGAGCAUUCGCCACUGACUAUGGCCACGGAGGGCUACGCUGCGUGGUGCGCGGCUCUCGAGGAGCAGGAGCAGGCUGAGCGUCUAAGUGAGGCAUUCUGGAGGAUGGACGGCGGGGGCAAUGCGCCGAGAGUGCAGGUGCGGACGCGAAGUGGAUUGCAGGCCGAACGGAGGGUCUUGCAAGCAAGGAGAGAAGUGGAUCAAGCUGCGUGCGCUCGGCGAGGACGCCGAGAUGCAGUCGGGGAGGAUGUCCCGAGUCGGAGCGGCUCGGACCGUUCCAACUCUGUGUGGGCGACGAUGAGUGCCUGA